AUGGGCAACCUUCUGAAAGGCCUCUAUGCACUAUUCCUUUUCAUCACCGUCGCUGCCUCUGUAUCUUGGACAGCCACCCCGUUUAACCCUGCAUCUUUUCCUCUUGCAGUCAGGAGUCCCUACCUUUCUGCAUGGCUUGCUCAAGGAUCUGGAGCUGCCCUCAAUGAUGUUUGGCCUACAUUUUGGACUGGCCAGAUUGUUGGUUGGGCCGGCUUUGUCAAAGUCGAUGGAAAGCCAUUCGUAUUUCUGGGAACUCCAAACGUGCCUGCUGCAUCAUUUUCCAAGGCGGUUCAGAAAAGUUCGCAGUUCACUUCUACGCAAAGCAUUUUUGUGUUGUCGGCUGGACCCGUUGACCUGACUGUUACCUUCUUGAGCCCAGUUGAGCCAACAGACCUUGUCAAACAGUCCAUCCCCUUCGCAUACAUGGCUGUCUCGGCCGUUUCAACGGAUGGCGCUUCUCACAGCGUCCAAGUGUAUUCGGACAUCAGUGCAGAAUGGGUCUCUGGUGACAACUCUAUGAUAGCAAACUGGACCACCUCAACUGGUAGUAUUAUCACCCAUCAAGUCCAGCUCCAAACCCAGAAUGUAUUCACUGAAGUCAACGAUCACACUCAAUGUGAGAAUUUUUUGACAUUCUCGGCUACCUUGAUAAAUGAUCUCACCGCAUCACAGGCUGCUGGAACGACAUUCCAAACCGGAGCUGACGUCACAGUCCGAGCACAAUUCAUCAACAACGGAAAGCUUUCCAACACGCAAGACACCAAUUUCCGAGCCAUCUCGAAUAACUGGCCCGUAUUCGGUCUCUCUCGGGAUUUGGGCACAGUCAGCUCAGCGCCCACCGAUCCAGUCGUCUUUUCCGUCGGGCACAUUCGCGAUCCGGCAAUUAACUACAUUGUAGCCAAUAACGGGAGACAAGCCAGAAGCCUUUAUUUUUGGAGCCAGUUCGCGUCCCCGUCCGCUGUUAUCUCGUCGUUCCUGGAUGAUUUCAAGAACGCGCUUGCCAGAGCACAGGCGUUUGAUAGUAAGGUAAACAGCGACGCGACGAAGAUAUCGGCGGACUACGCUUCGAUCGUCGCGCUUUCCAUUAGACAGGCGCUGGGCGCGAUCGAAAUCACUGUGUCGAAGAACAGCGAUGGAACGUUCAACACGGACGAUGUGCUCGUUUUCAUGAAAGAAAUUUCAAGCGACGGAAAUGUGAACACCGUCGACGUGAUAUUCCCGGCGUGGCCUGUGCUGCUGUACACCAACCCGGCACUUGGCAAGUUCCUCCUUGAGGGAUUAUUCAGGUACCAGGCGACGGGCCAGUAUCCCAACAAAUGGAGUGUACAUGAUCUCGGCGCCAGUUAUCCCAAUGCGGUCGGACACAAUGAUGGCAGAGACGAAGCGAUGCCGGUCGAAGAAAGCGGGAACAUGGUCAUUAUGGCGCUCAGCUACGCGCAGAAAACGGGCGACAACUCGCAGCUGCAGCAAUAUAAAGGGCUGCUCGACCAAUGGACACAGUUCCUCGUAUCGGAUUCGCUCAUUCCGGCGAACCAAAUCAGCACGGACGACUUUGCGGGCUCGCUAGCGAACCAGACGAAUCUUGCGAUCAAGGGCAUUGUCGGUAUCAAAGCCAUGUCGCAGAUCGCGGAGCUCGUCGGGACACCGGCCCAGAGCGCUAAUUACUCGUCGAUUGCAAGCAGUUUUGUGACGCAAUGGCAAAAAUUGGCGACCUCAUCUUCGGGACAACAUCUGACCCUUUCUGUCAUACGGGAAUUCUGCAAGGUGGCUGUCAACUGGGGCUUGUCGUACAAUAUGUACGCGGACAAGCUGCUCAAAUUGGAUGUGUUCCCCGAAUCUGUGUAUGAAAUGCAAACUGCAUGGUACAAGACUGUAGCACAACCAUUCGGUGUUCCUCUGGAUACUCGGUACGUUGACUAUUGGGAGAUCUGGACUGCAGGGAUCAUGACUGACACUGCAGGGCGGGACCUGUUUAUCAGCUCUGUAAAGAAAUGGGCGUCGGAUGGACUGAGCUCUCAGCCACUUGGAGACUGGUACGAGACGACGAAUGGACAACCGGAGGGAUUCCGGGCGCGGCCGGUUGUGGGAGGCCAUCUCGGUAGGUGGACAUGCGAUCGAGGGUUGGAUGGACAAUGCUGA